AUAAACCUCAUCGCUCCCUCAAAACUUUCCACAUCGCAAUUUCAUUUUUUUGAUUGCAUUCAGCACAGAAAGAGUCAUGGCUGCCUUACUGAAAAGCUUCGCCUCGAUGUUCCUGCUUAUCGGGGUGCUCAGUAUUCUUACAGUGUCCGCUUGGGGACAAGGUGAUGAGGUGUUGUUUAGAGUUCACCAGCCUCUAGAAGAGGGAAGCGUCUUGAGGAUUGCUGGAAACAGCAGUGAAUUCAGAGAUGGGACCAUGAUUCGGGACGGUGAUGAUGUUUGGACUCUCAAAAUGACUCUGACCGGAGGAAAAUCAUAUCAAGUGUGGCUAGAGGUCAACGACUGUACUUGUAACGCAGACAAACCCUACGCUUUUGCCUUGCCUAAUCCAGCCUUUAAUGUUACAAAAGAUUUGACCGGCUACUUCCAUUGUAAUGACUGCUUACUGCCAACCCCAAGCCCACCUCCGCCCCCAAGCCCAAGCCCACCACCACCAAGCCCAAGUCCACCACCCCCAUUUCCUCCACCACCAAGCCCUCCACCUCCAAGUCCAAGCACACCACCCCCAAGCCCUCCACCUCCAAGCCCAAGCCCACCACCUCCAAGCCCACCACCACCAAGCCCAAGUCCACCACCCCCAUUUCCUCCACCACCAAGCCCUCCACCUCCACCCCCAAGCCCUCCACCUCCAAGCCCUAGCCCACCCCCACCAAGCCCAAGUGAAUCACCGGUACUGUUUGUAGUUAACAAUGAACUGGAAGAUGGAGUGUAUAGGGUUGUCGGAAACGCUCCUGUAUUGGGCGAUGGGGACCCUGUUAAAGCUCCUAAUAUGACAUACGACUCCACUCACCUUUGGUCUCUCGAAGUGGAUUUGACUCAAGGACAAACCUAUGCAGUGAAUCUAUCGGUCAACCAGUGUCUUUGUACAGGUGGUCCCACUGUUUUUACCGUGCCACUAAGUGAACCUACUCCUCUUGAGGUCAAAUUGAACAACUACGUUUGUUAUCCUUGCCCAGCCUCAGUUUAGAGCAAUUCGAUGAUUUUCAACACCAUUCGCCGCGUCGUUGAGAUGUUCUCUUAUGUGAAGCGUGUUGUCUAAGUAAACAGUGUAUCCCUCUAUCGUCACCGUUAUAAAUAAGUGCUGUAAUGUGCACCUUCGUGUGUUAUGUCUCUAUAUGAAUGGAAAUAUUAUGCGUGUUA